AUGUGCCCGGCACGGAAGAGCGGGAGACUGCAAGGCGGCUCGCGAUCUAAUUCGUGCACGCAUGGCGUUAGCGUUAUCAGUGGAUAUUUUUGGCUACCGCGUGGUGAAGAGUCGCGUGACGCGGCGGUGCGGCGGUCUCGGAGCGCGCGCGACUGGCUGGGCGCCGCUCGCCCCGUGCCAGUCCUACCCCUUGCACCCCGCACCCUAUAUUUGCGCACUGCGCAAUCCCGAUCAGCUGAUUCCCGCCAGGCAAGCUUGCCUUCUUAUCCACUG